AGCUUUUGGAAGGUACGUCAGAGAGCGUAGAAGGCGACGUGUUUUCUACGCCUAUCGCACUCACGGGACGCCGUUUCUGAUCACACACACGCACACACCUGCGAAGACCGCAAACAGCAAGAAGGACUUCGUCAACAAUGGACAAUGCACAGGCGCCCUCGCCAGGCGCCCCAUGCCGUCCAGCUCGACCACACGCCCCACAGCCGCAAUGGGACCAAUUCGCAGUAGUGCGCGACUGCGUCUACACGCACACACAACCCCAGUGGCUAGAAGUGACGAGCGAAACAAAGCGGGGGAGCACAAGAGAAGGACCGUCUUGUUCCACCCCAUCCGAGUUGCGGACGCCGAGCUGGACGCCGACGGUCGUGCGCCCGCCCCCUCUCGAGGCCUGCCGGGUGUGCACGACGUGCCUCCAACCAAAGCAGGCGUGCAGCUGCAGCACCUGCUAUGUAUGCCAAGCCUCGUUCCUCAAAAACCGUCAUCACUGCCGCCGCUGCUGGCACGCCGUCUGCGCCAGCUGCUGGGGUCACAAGCACUACGUGCACAUGCUAGGGCGACCGAUGGUGGUGUGCGAUCGCUGCUCUGUCCCCUGGGCCCUGGUGAACGCAUCGAAGCGGGACGAGGCGGGGCUGCUGUGGGGCCUCUACGCCCUGCGCAUCGCAGGGGACAUGCCCCGCCUGUGCAUCGCACCGUUGUGUUGCACCUUCACGCGACGCCUCACCUGCCCCGCGUGUGGGCUGCCGACGGUGUCGACGCAGCCGCACGAGGCGCGUGUUGUGCGGCCCAACGGCGUCUCGCCUGCGGUGAUGGACAUGAUCAACGUGCUCGACAUGCAGCAACUCUCCCUGCGGGCCAUGGUGGUGAAUGGGAUGACCGUCGCAGGCGUCGAGCGGCUCUUUCGGGGCUGCUUCCACAACUACGAGGAGGUGCUCGCCUUUCGUGCAGUGACGACGGCGACGGCGGCACAGCGAAUUCUGCUCGCGAGUGUGGCUGCUGCCAUCGCCUACGAGUACGUCGGAGCGCCGAACAUCACGCUGGGCUUGUCGGACAUCCCGUACGCGCGUGCACUGCAGGUGACGGUGUCGCGGGAGCGCUACACGCUGCUGGAGGUCCCCGGCCGAGUGAAGUUCAUCGCCUUCCCCGGCACCCACAACUGGCGCACGCUGUGGGUGGACAUGCAGUUCUCGCGGGUGUCGGAGUCGGUCUAUACGAGGCUGCACGAGGGCCUUCAAGCGGGCCCGCAGCCGUCCUCGGAGCCCGUCCCACUCUGCGGCGGCGUACGCAAGACGUGGACUUACCACGUGCACGGCGGCUUCGCGCGUGAGGCGCAGGAGGUGGGGCUGCCGGUGGAAUCGCUGCUGGAGGACGUGCGCCACGGCGGCUACACGUUGGUGCUGUGCGGGCAUUCCAUGGGUGGGGCCAUCGCGCAGUACCUGAGUCUCCAGCUGCUGCACAAGGCGGCGGCCCUGCUCGUGCCGACGGACCCGCGCGCAGAACCGAAUUUGAUGUGUGUCACGUUCGGUGCGCCGCUGCUGGGGAAUUACGAGUUGGCAGACCACGUGCACGGCUGCGGGUGGUCGCACCUCUUCCACAACUUCGUCUACCGCAGCGACAUCGUGCCGCGGGUGUUCUGCACGGAUGAGCUCGCCUGGGAUGCGCAGUCGCGGCUGACGCAGUCGCUGACUUCCGUGUUUGCUGCCGCGCAUAAUUGGUGGCGAGGGAGGAAAACCGCGGAUCAGAGCAGUCGCCAGAGCAAUAGCAGCAGCAGCAGCAGCAAUAGCCGAGCACCAUUCGACGCGUUGUCGUCGUCCGAGACCGACGCGAGUGUCAGCCCCACGUCUGUCGAACGUCUUGUGCGGUUUCGCUCGUCUUCGGCACAAGCCGAAGGCCCACUGCGUGAGCCGCCGACGGAGGCCCACAGGCGUCACUUCCUUCCUGGACUGCUGUCCAACGUGGUGCGGACGACCGCGGCGCUCUCGGUCGGUCUUACCGGCGGCCUCGGCGAAGGCACGAUUAUUUCAGAGGCAGAUGGCGGGGUGACCGAUGCGACGACGAGCGACGACGAGGAAGAAGCCCGCAUUGCGGCUUACAUGGACACGGCGAUCCGGACGAGUCGUGACCUGCUCGAGGAGGAGAAGGCAGCGGGCGGAGAGGACCUAGUAGAGAGCCGCACGUUGUCAGGGAGCGCAGUCGACAGCGGUGGGGCGGCGGUGCGGCGAGAUGCGGAUGUGGAGGCGGCGCUGAGCGCCUUCACGAGUAGCUGCAACCGACGGCAGGCUUCUUUUACCGCCAGUCACGUGAAGCGUGCGCGGAGCAGCGGUGUCGAGGCAGCGGAAGCAUACGUGGGGGAAGCGCCACCCGAGCAGGGGGCAGCUCGCGCCACCGUUCCCAACACGCCACAACCACCACCGGCCGCCUCGGCGGAUGUCACGGCGGAUGUUUUCAUCCCCACGCGUCGCAUGCACCGCCGCUUUACCUGCUUUGGACGCUACCAUUUUGUGCAGUUCGGCAGCUACGGCUACGUCUCGACGGCCGACUCGGAGACCGCCUUCGGCAUCUUAAAGCACGGCUGCGACGAGAAAGUGGUGCUGCGCGAUCACUCCGUCGCGGCGUACAACCGCGGGUUGAUGAUCCACCUUUAUCGCAACCUCGAGUAG